CGCUAGCUUUAGACGCCUGUUUUCAUGUCGCUUUUUGUUGCUUUAUUGCAAUGGAUGUUACAAGUGAUGCUGGUUGUAGGGAGGCAAGCUGCUGUAAAAGAAAAAGAGCUUCGAAUUCGUGUGAUGAACGACGGAACCAAGGAGUUUCGAUAACUGUUGUGACUCUUCAUUCGAUUCUGGACGAUAAUUCGCGUUUAUUUGAAUUUCUGAAGAGUUCUGGUGUUCUUGCUGAUAAGUACAUAUGCGCUAGAUGCCUUAAGCCCAUGUCCUGUGUCAAGGUUCCAACAAAAAGAUCUAGUGAUGGGCUCAUGUGGCGCUGCCGAAAAGACAAAGUGUGGAGGUCAAUUCGUAAAGGCACGUGGUUUGAGAAUGCUAGGGUUACCAUUAGAGUUAUUGUUCUGAUGACAUACUGUUUCUGUGUACGCAAGUCUGUUUUAUCUACAAGUCUCCUGGCAGGAGUGAGCGAGACUUCUGUCCUCGACUGGUUUUUAUCAUGUAGGGAAAUUUGUUCAGCGUUGGUGAAGAAGAGAGGAAAAAUUGGAGGCCCAGGAGUUGUAGUUGAGGUGGGCGAAUCGCCAUUUGGAAGUGUUAAGAAUCAUAUGGGAAAGUAUUUACCAGAACUUUGGGUUUGGGGAGCAGUCGUUUGUGGGAAAGAACGUGGCGAACUAGUUUUGAAUGUGGUCGAGAGGAGAGAUGCAAGGAAUUUGCGAUGUCUUAUCGAAGAACACGUCGAGGAUGGGACUGUUAUAUGUUCAGACAAAUGGGAGAGUUACGAGGAUGAAGGGGAAGUGGACCUAGAGACUUUUGCAGCCGAUCACAAUUACCAGUUUCGGAAUAAAGUGGUUGGUAUCAUGGAGCAACAUUGGGAUGAAGUAAAAAGACUUGUUGGGAGAGGGAAGAGGCGCCGCAGUGGUUUGCAAAACCAUUUGGAUGAAUACGUUUGGAGGGAAAGUGUGUUUGGACACGAGUGUGUGUUUAAUUCUUUCUUGCAGAGUGUUGGAACACUUUAUGUUCCAUUUGUAGCAGACCCUGCAGUGGUAGUAGAAGGUACUACACCAGUAGUAGAAGACGUUACACCAGUAGUAGAAGAUCCUACAUUAGCAAUAAAGGACCCUACGCCAGCUGCCGGGAGGACUCUACCGACAGCAGUAAAUGAAUACCCUUUGCUGGCUGUGGCAGAUCAAUCCUCACCAGUUGCAGCUGCAGUGCAGCCAAAGGAGAGACCUGCGAGGCACAGGAAACGUGUUGUGCGUGAGGGUUCUUGGUAUCCCUCAACCCGUGAUCUUCACAUUGCAUACCUAGAAGAUUAGCACGAGGUUGUUGUUGAAGGGCUGACGUGGCUGCGAUGCUGUUUAAAUUGAGUAUAUGGUCAAAGACUUGCUACAAUUGGUUGGUCUUAAACUGUGUGGAGCAUUUUGUGCGUUGGCUCUUUCCUCGUUUGAACUGUCAGACUGCCAGCAUAAUGAAGACUAGGCAACUUUGUGGUUUUAAAGCUUCUCGGGGUGGCCAAUACUUUUAGUCCAGUGCAGUUCUCUGGCUCUACUAUCCCACAAGCAUAAGGAGCAUGGGUAUUUAGUAGAGCCUGCCUGCUGACCCAAAAGCAUAGAUUCUACAAAAUUGCAUUGACCCUGAAAAAUAAAUUUCACAUGUUUUUUCGGCAACGGAAUGACAAGAGAUAGCAAUAAAAAUAAAUCAGCCUGGGGACUUAACUAAUAAAAUAAAAUCAAUAUAAGCUGUUGAAAUGGGCUGACCUAAGGUAACUGAAAAUGGCUUUGGCCCAGGAGGAGAGAACUGAAGCCAUUUUGAUGUCUGGAGUGUGGAAUUUCUGCGUCAUAGUAGCAGAUUUUAACAACUGGCCCUCAGAAGCACCUCCAGGUUCGAUAUGGCCGAUUUCGAGUUGGUGCCCGUAUUCGAUACAUACCGUAAAAGAUUUAGACCAUUUCACCCAUACCUUACUGGAAUAUUCAGAUUUCCCCGCUCCUGCAAGACUUUUGACAUAACAGGAUAUACUGCAACUUUCUUUUAACUGACACUAUAUAUAUAAAAUAUAUACUACUGUAUGAAGACAUUGUUUAAUGUUACUACCACAUGCCUCAAAAUAUU